ACCCCUAUCGACGGACUCAUUAGUCGUUACAGAUCAUAACUAGCUUUUGUUCGUCGCCCUAUCACAGUCUCGCAGCCGCCGCGAUCUGCUAGCCCCCGAACCCUAGCUCAAUGGGAACCGCCGCUUCUCCUUCUCCCUCGCUUUCCCUAGACACAGCCGCCUCCCGUCCUGAUCCUCCUUCCCCGGAGGCCACCGCUACACCAGCCAAAGAAGAUCACCAGCACUCCGCCUCCGACGCCGCGACCGCCGCAGCUGGCGGCGGCGCAGACGAUGCGGCGGCGGCUCCUUCUGUUGGAGGCGGCGCGGAAGAGGCCGCUGAGACGGUGGUCAUCGAUGCCUCCGCGGUGGCCAGCGGAGCAGGGGAGGGGGAGGAGGAGGAGGAGGAGCAAGGGGAGUGCGGGUUCUGUCUCUUCAUGAAGGGCGGCGGCUGCAAGGACGAGUUCGUCGCGUGGGAGAAGUGCGUGGAGGAGACGGAUGCCGCGGAUGCCAGCAUUGACGUCGUGGAGCGGUGCCAAGACGUCACGGCCGCGCUGCGGAAGUGCAUGGACGCGCACGCCGCCUACUACGAGCCUAUCCUCCGGGCCGAGCGCGCCAUGGCUGCGGACCUCGAGGCCUUUCAGGCCCAAGAAGCCGCCUCCGACUCCGCGGCGUCGGAGGAAGGCCAGAAGGAGGCGGCGGCGGCCGAGGCAGCGCCGCGUCCGUCAGACUUAGGCCAGAAUAAGCAGGUGGCUGAGGCGGCAGUUGCGGAGGAGAGCAGAGAUCCUGCAGCCUGAUUGGGCGAAAAAAGGCAGCGGCGUCUUCAAUUUUUUGUGAGGGAUUUGAGGAUAUGAAUUCCGUUUGUACCUUAGGAGAGCAUCAAUUAACAUUUUGUGAAGGGGAUAGAUUUCUGUCCUUUUCUCUUUACAUGAAACAUGUGAUUCUAUUGAUUGAAAACCAAAAUUGUCCA